GAAGCGGGUGCAUGUGUUUGCCAAGCUUUGCCUUGUCAUUGUAUCCAGAGAGAAACGCGUGGUCAGCGGCACCACCGACAGCUCCACUGCAGUCUAACUGGUACAUGGUGGUGUGUAAAGUCAGACUUGAAGCCAGACAUGGACACUGACAAGAGUGUGGAGGUUGUCGAGGCGUCAGAGACUCCACAGCAAGAGGAGACUGAAAUGGAAAAAGAGGUUGUGUCAAAAUUGGAGGCACAAGAGGAAUUCACAGAGCCUGAGAAGUCACCAGCUGCUGAUGAAGAGACUGAGCAGCUGGCAGUGAAUGGUCACAACACAGGAGUCAUAAACUUGAAAGAAACAGAAGAGUUGAUUGUGACAGAAACUGUGACGCUGUCUGAGGAGAAAACAGAAAGGGAGAUUGAGGACAGCGUGCCCAGGGAAAAAUCUCAAAUGGAGUCAGAGGCCGAUGCGGUGACACCACCAGAACCAGAUGAGUCAUCUGAAAAGAUCUCUGACCCAGUUGCAGCUUUAGACACAGAACCAGAAAACACCAAGCCUGAACAGCAGCCCGUGCCAGAGAAUGACCCAGAGCCUUUGCCUGUGCAAACACCUCUGGCCGAGAGUGCCCCUGAACCAGAGCCAGAGAAACUGGGAGAAUCAGUUCCACAAGCUGAACUACAAGAGCAAACAUUACCUGAACCAACCGCGCUGCAGCCGCUAGUAGAUACACAACCACCCAGCCAAGAGAAGACCGUGUCAGAACAAGUGGAAACUAAGACAGAACUGCAGACUACAAUGGAGACUGGGGCAGUUGAAGUUACCAAAGAGGGGGUGGCAGAAAAAGAUGUUGCAGCUGAGCCUGUAAAGGAGAUGAAGGAGGAAAAACCAACAGAUACAGUCAAGCCAGCAGAGACCGUGAUGGUGAUGGCAGUUUCCCCAGAAAAGCCAGCAGAAGCAGUGAUCGAAAAGGAUGAAGCAUCAGCUGAAAAUGUAAAUGUUAAACCUGCAGAGGAAGAAAAGGCAGCUGAACCAGAAAAAUCUGAUGCCCCGAAGGGAGCAGAAGCAGCAGCCGAUAGUGAAAUUAAAUCUGAGAAGAAUGAUACAGAGCUUCCCAAAGAAGAGGAUACGGUCCCUGCACCUGGCUCUCUGGGCUUUACCCUCCUGGAACAAGAGCAGACCAAAAACGCCCUACGAACCUCUCGUACCCUUGUUGUCAUCAGAGGCCUUCCGGGAAGUGGAAAAAGCUUCCUGGUACGUGCCAUUGCGGACGCCUACAAAGACCACUGCUCUGUCGUGUGUGCUGAUGACCAUGGUGUGAAGCCAGAGAAUCCAGAAUCCUCUGCAGAUGGGUACAAGGCUCUGGAUGAGGCUGUGGUGGCCUGCUGCAGCACGGGAACCGCCUCCUCUCUGCUGAUUUUGGUGGAUGACACCAACCACACCCAGGAUCGGCUGGCCCGCCUGGGGGAGAUUGCAGAGGAGCACCACCUUGUUGCCAUCUUUUUGGAGCCACGUACAGAAUGGAGCAAAGAUCCAGCACAGCUGUCCAAGAAGACCCGACGCGGACUGGAAGUGGCCCAACUGGAAGCCAUGAAAGGUCCACUGGAGGAAAUGUCCCUUCCUCUUUACUUUGGCUGGUUUCUUCUCUCCUCCAUCCAGGACAAGGUUAGGUGCACGUCGAUGGACUUCCUGAAAACGCUGGACACCUUGGAGGCCUUCAAGAAACAUCUGAUUGACUUCACUGGGAAAGCUGAGAAGGAGGUGGAUUUGGAGCAGUACUUCCAACCCAAAGGGACCCUCCAUUGCACUACAAAGUUCUGCGACUAUGGAAAAGUAGAGGGUGCCAAAGAGUAUGCCCAGACUCAAGCUGUUCAAGAUAUGUACGGUUCUGUGUUCGAGCUGUCACUGAGUGCUCUCUUUGUGACCCCUCGCACCGUUGGUGCCAGAGUGUCCCUCACGGAGGAGCAGCUUCAGCUGUGGCCAGCUGAUGCAGAAAAGCAGGGAGAGUCUCCCUCCCUGCCUCCGGGAAGCCGCGCCCACGUUACUCUAGGAUGUGCUGAGGGCGUAGAGCCAGUUCAAACAGGACUGGAUCUGCUCGAGAUCCUGGCCCUGCAGCAGGAGGGCCAGCAGGGGGAGCCCAUCGAGGAAAUGGAGCUGGGCUCGCUGACCUAUUACGGCGAGGGAAGGUGGCUGCUCAGUCUCAGAGAGCCCAUCUGCGCCCCAGCGUGCUUCUCCAGCUACUACGGGCGCAAGGUGCCUGAGCCGGCCAAAAAAGAGCCCGAGAAGAAAAAGAAGCAGAAGUGCACCAUACUGUAAAUGGCAAACGUGUGGCCGGGAUGACUGGUGAAUUAAACAUAGGCUUACUCUGUGCAAGGUUUGUGUGUUUGUGCAGUGUUUAGGGUUUCAGUAACAGCCACCCUAAAUCCACAAGCUGUGUGCCUUUUUACUGUUGAUUUGCACCACAACCCAAGAUGCCUUCAAUCCAGUUAGGCUUGUUGUCAACAUUGUUCAGUAUCUUGUUUCACAUAUCAGCGCCAGGGCUGCAGUAACUGAGUUUGCUGAGGUGUUAGCUGCAGUUUUAGACUAAGAUAGUAUAGCCUCCUCCCACAGCACCACAGUUAUCUAAGACUUAGAUUUCCUCUUCUAUACAUGUCCGUGUCUCUCAGUAUUCAAAUGUGAAAAAAUUAGGUACUUUAUUUGCAUGCCUCCCAGGUAACAGUAUCAGCAUAGCAACACAUUUCUGCCCUGCUAAAAGUUCCUCUGCCGCUUCAUCAGAAUUUGUCUGGCGUUUCCUUUGGCUUAGUCGUAAGUGAAAAAGAUUGUGUUUGUGCGCUGCCUAGGAAGUAAUUGUUACAAUAGCAUAUGGGCCAAAGUUAUCUAUUUGAUUAAGUGUAUUAGAAUGACUGUCAUUUAUAGAGGUCCUUCCUUGUAAAAUCUUUGCACUGUGCGUGCGUUGUUUGAAAGGGAGAACGCUGAUGAAUUUGACAUAUUGUUUCAGCAGCUUGCACUUAGUACUUAUCAAAUGCUGUGAAUCCAAGUUCAUGUUUUGCAAUCUUUUUCUACUGCGCAAGACUGCACCAUUGAUCCCUUUUAUUCUCUUUGAACAGCACUUCAUGUAUUGCAUUUCGAUUUGUAUCCUCUGUGACUGUAAUUUUUUGAAGGGCAAUUCCUACUUUGUGUAGCUCUUAUGAAUCACUAUUUUUGCACUUGUUUUGUACACUUAAUAAAAAAGAACAUGCUUUGCUCCAGUAA